CCAAGGACAUUAGUGUGUCAUGAUUUAAAAGGGGGCUAUCUGGAUGAUGAAAAAUGUUUGUUGGGAUGGAAGAUGGAAGGUUACAGAUUCUGGCGAUGGUGGCAAGUCGACAUUUUUGUUUAUUUCAGUCACAAUUUUGUCACAAUUCCUCCAGCUUGUUGGAUAGAUGCUAGUCAUAAGCAUGGGGUACCUAUUUUAGGAACCUUAAUAACAGAGUGGGAUGAUGGUGUGCAGUUGUGUUCCCAAUUCUUAAAGAAUGAUGACGUGAUGGAGAAAUUUGUUAAAAAAUUAGUUGAUAUAACUCUGUACUAUAACUUUGAUGGCUGGCUCUUGAAUAUAGAAAAUAAGCUAGAUUUUAUUGAAAGAAUGUUGAAUUUUGUUGAAAUAUUAACUGAAAGACUACACAAAGUUCAUGCAAAUUCGUUGGUUGUAUGGUAUGACAGUGUCACUAUUGAUGGGAAUUUACUCUGGCAAAAUGAACUUAAUGAUAAUAAUGUGUUGUUUUUCAAUAGAUGUGAUGGUAUAUUCUUAAACUACACGUGGACAGAGGAGAAUUUAAAUGAAACAAUGAAGAGAGCUUCCCUAUUGAACAGACCUGACAAUGUCUUCAUUGGGAUUGACGUAUUUGCCAGAGGCUGUGUUGGCAAAUUUGACGUCUGCAAGUCUAUGGAAAAAAUUAAGUCCCGGAAUCUAUCUAGCGCCAUAUUUGCUCCGUCUUGGACGUUUGAGGCCAUCGGGCGAGAUGUUGAAUUGGGAAAGGAUUUUUUUCAAAAUGAAACUAAGUAA